CCCUCCCCCUCUCGGCCGCCCUUCCUGCCUCUGCACCUUUCGCACAUCUCGCACAGCCGCACACGUGCACACCCGCACGCACGCAUACACGCACGCAUACACACCAUGACCGAUACCGGACCAACGCCCCGAGAGGAGAACGCCCCUCGGCCGGAGUCGCCGGUCGCCCGCCAGCCGAUCCCCACCAUCGAGACGCUCAUUGAGCGUGAGCGCAGUAUCCCCUUCUUCGAGCGACUGAAAAUGGCGGUCGCUUCCAUUCGGCCCUCGGAGGACCUCGCCCGUAUUGGCUCCAUCCCCUGUGCCCGGGAGAGUCUCCUUUACGGCAUCUCUACGUCGGUCAUUAUUGGCGCCUGUGCCCUGCUCUCCAAGCGCCCCAUCAUCAAGGCUGUCAACUACUCGAUUCUGUCCUUCGGCCUUGUGUCGAUUACGUCCUGGGAAUACUGCCGGUACCAUUGGCGGAUCCGCGACCGCCAGCACCGGUUGAUUGGUGAGCUUGGCGAAAUGCUCCAGGCCCGCCAGGAGGCCAAGCGGCUGGCCGGCGAGGAGUACGCCCUUCCGCUGCGCCCGAUCAAGCCCCAGGCCAAGCUGGAGUCCGUCACCGCGGCGAUUGAUGCCCAUACGGCCGCCAUGGCCGCCGCCGCCGCCGCCGCUGACGAGUCCACCCCGGAGGUCGCUGCCGCCGCCGCCGAGGACGUCCCCAAGGCCCCUCCGUCCACCUAG